ACUCACUCCAGUUCACUCGCCGCGGAAAAUCCGAUCCAUUUACCUGCGCUUACUUUGCCAGCGAGUAUAUUUUUGCAACUUAUCGAAUACCCAUUCCUAUUUUGGCAUCCCCGACUGUGGCUAUCCACCGACCUGGACCGCCCGCCCAUGUCUUCGGCGGCAGCGGCGCUGGUGGCAUUGCCGCCUGGGUUUAUAAGCGGCCGGCGACGACGGCGGCGAGCCGAGUUUUGCCGCCAGAUUAGCCGAGAGCGCGCGCGCAUUUUCCCACGAUCAGGAAAAUCGAAUUCCACAGCCAUGAAGGAUCGUUUCAACUGGAUGUCGCUGGAGCUGAUCCUGCUGAUUGGCGCCGCCGUCGCCUUUCCGGACGGAGCUCCGGCGGACACGUGCGUGAAGCAGCGGGCCAAUCAGCCGAAUCACGGCAAGGCGCGAAGUCAGCCGGCCCACUCGAAUCCCUACGAGGUGGUGGCCGAUGCCCAGACCUACCAUCCCGGCCAGCAGAUAUCGGUGGUCAUCUAUCCGCACUCGGACCAGAGCACCGUCUUCCGGGGCUUCUUCCUGCAGGCGCGCGAUGCCAACUCGAACGAGUGGAUCGGGGAGUGGGUGCAGAGCGAGAACACCAAGACCAUUCCCGAGUGCUCGGCCAUCACGCACUCGGACAACCGGGACAAGCUGGGCGCCAAGCUCAUCUGGAAGGCACCACAAAAUAAGCGGGGACAUGUCUACUUCACGGGCACUGUGCUACAGGAGUACGGAACCUUUUGGAGCGAUAUUGUGAACAAGGUGCAGGCGGAGCGGCAAUAACUGAAAUUAUGUACUUACUUUUAAGGCAGCUGUACACCGGCAAAACGCCGGGCAAUAAAUCUUAAAAACCCUAA